UUACAACCCGAAAAAGUAUGUUUUGAGGUUGGACUCUGUUUGUAUGAUGAAUCUCAAGCAAUAAGAUCCAGUAUUAAGAUGGUGGGCAGAAGUCAAAAAAGAAGUGAGAGUGCUGUGUGUACGUUAUGCGAGAUGAUAGUUUUCUGGAUCCAAGUGGAGCUUAAAAAACAGAAAACUAAGGAAAAAGUUCUUAAAUAUGUUGACGAGCUGUGUGAGAAGCUUCCCAAUCCUGGAGGAAAGUCAUUUAUCAAUUGUGAUAACAUCGCUACCAUGCCAUUUGUUUCUUUCACCAUCGGGGAUAAAUCUUUUCCCCUCUCUCCAGAACAGUACACUAUCAGAGUAGAAGGAAAAUGUUCAACCGUCUGUCUUAGCGGGUUUACUGCUCUGGAUGUCCCUUCCCCACAAGGGUCCCUCUGGGUUCUUGGAAAUAUUUUCAUGGGAGCAUACCACACGGUAUUCGACUUUGGUAAUCUACGAGUGGGAUUUGCACAAAGUGCCUAG